CUAGACCCUCCCUCUCUCUCUCUCUCUCUCUCUCUCUCUCUUCUCCUCCUUUUUCACAAUCUCUCGUGUCUCACUCUGCUGUCGUAGAGGCUGCAGGCUUCACGCACUCAGUGAGUCCAUCUCUUUCUCUCUCUCUGUCCUGCUGUCUCACUCAGCAUUUCAGGAACAGGAGCUGACUCUUCUGCACUCUUCUCUGCAUGACUGUCACAAAGCAAAAAUAUUUACUGGACAUCUGGAGGACAGGGCAGCUAAAGGAGAGAAAAAAAGAAGAAAAAUAGGAACAUAGAUGGGGAGAGAGCUCAGAAACAAGAAGGUUGUUAUGUUUUUAAGACCACAGCUACCAUAGUGGAUGCACAUACAACAAUAAUCAUCCUCCGGUGGAAAUGAGGACACUUCCCCCAGACAUGUCAUGGCGGCCGACCUACCGGAGCUCCAAGUUUCGAAACGUUUAUGGCAAAGUGGCCAACCGAGAGCACUGCUUCGAGGGCAUCCCGAUCACAAAGAACGUCCAUGACAACCACUUCUGCGCGGUCAACGCCAAGUUCCUCGCCAUAGUAACUGAGAGCGCGGGAGGAGGAUCUUUCGUUGUAAUCCCGGUCACUCAGUUUGGCCGUAUCGACCCUCACUAUCCAAAGGUCUGUGGUCACCAAGGCAAUGUGCUGGACAUCAAAUGGAAUCCUUUCCAUGACAACAUAAUUGCUUCUUGUUCAGAGGACUCUUCUGUACGAAUAUGGGAGAUUCCUGAUGAAGGACUGAGAAGGAAUUUGACAGAGUCUGUAUUAGAACUGUAUGGUCACAGCAGACGUGUGGGCCUCAUAGAGUGGCACCCAACAACUAGUGGGAUUCUCUUCAGUGCUGGCUAUGACUACAAAAUCCUGAUUUGGAAUUUGGAGAUUGGGGAGCCGGUGAAAAUGAUUGACUGCCACACAGACGUGAUCCUCUGUAUGUCAUUUAACACAGAGGGGAGCCUGCUGGCCACCAGCUGCAAGGACAAGAAGCUCCGCGUCAUUGAGCCCCGCUCUGGCAAAGUGCUGCAGCAGGAGGCAAACUUUAAAAACCACAAAGUGAACCGUGUUGUGUUCCUAGGCAACAUGAAACGACUCCUAACGACAGGUGUGUCUCGCUGGAACACACGCCAGAUUGCUCUCUGGGACCAGGAGGAUCUGUCCAUGCCAAUCAUUGAAGAGGAGAUUGACGGCCUGUCAGGACUGCUUUUCCCUUUUUAUGAUGCAGACACACAUAUGCUCUACUUAGCAGGCAAGGGUGAUGGGAACAUCCGGUACUAUGAGAUCACCCCGGAGAAACCCUACAUGCAGUAUCUCAUGGAGUUCCGGUCCCCUGCACCACAGAAAGGCCUCGGUGUGAUGCCGAAGCAUGGACUAGAUGUAGGAGCGUGUGAAGUCUUCAGGUUUUAUAAGUUGGUGACUCUAAAGGGCCUGAUUGAGCCAAUCUCUAUGAUCGUGCCUAGAAGGUCUGAAACAUAUCAGGAGGACAUAUAUCCUAUGACUCCCGGAACAGAACCUGCUCUGUCUGCUGAUGAGUGGCUCAGUGGAAUCAACCGAGGUCCAGUGCUCAUGUCCUUAAAAGAGGGCUACAACAGACCCAACAAGCUGGUGUUCAAGGCCCCCGUAAAGGAGAAGAAGGGUGGAGUAGUCAAUGGGAUUGACCUGCUAGAAAACGUGCCUCCCCGUACAGAGAAUGAGCUCUUGCGGAUGUUCUUCAGGCAGCAGGAAGAGUUGCGGCGACUGAAGGACGAACUUGCCCAGAAGGACAUUAAGAUUCGACAGCUUGAGCUGGAGCUCAAUAACUUAAGGAACAGCCCAAACAUCAACAACAAUAACAGCAGCAGCAGCAGCAAUGGUAGCAGCAUUUGACAUGGGAUCUCUGCUGUUUCUGUUGAUCUCCUAAAGUGACACACUAUAAGCCCCCAGCGCUGCUAAAAACACACGGGCUUCCUAACACUCAAAUAUCCUUCAAGACCACAGGAGACCAAGCGCUUGUCUUCAUGAAGCAGUGUUUCACUCUGACCCUCAGUGCUGACCCCACAGCUACCGUGUACUAAGUCGACUUUAUUGGACUGAUGAUUCACUAACAUUGUGAAAACUCUUCCAUCUUCAGUCACACUGCCGGUCUGCCUGCAGUUAAUUGAUUCUCCCUAUAUAGAUUGAUUUUGGUACAAGCUAUUCAUUGCAUUAUCAUCUCAUAAUUGUAGACUUUAAAUAUUAGAAUUAUUUAUUUAAUUUCUCUUUUUUUUUUCCUUUGUGCUAUUAGCCCUUGUUCUUAACAGCUUAAUAAACUUCAUAUAGAGAUAAACAAAAAUAAGGUCAAACAGACAUGCUUCACGCAUCAAGCUGUUAUCUCGUGUAAACACAACUUCUAUUGCAUCAUUAGGAUAUGACCCACAGUGCUGUUUUAAUGUAGAAACUCAAGCACCACAGUCUGGUAAUCUUACACGACAGAUGACAGAUGACUCCUAAAACCUGAAGUAUUGAGUUUAAAAUUGGUAACUCUGUUUCUUCACAUAAUUUAGAUCCUCCUCACAUUGUGCAAUGUGAAAUAUGUUCAAGUCAGUCUAUAUAAGCAAUAUAGUUUAUAUAAUUCAAAUGGGUUUUCAUUUAAAUAAACAGUGAGAGGAUUCUACAAUAUUUGGAUGAAUUAAUUUCAGAAUACAUUUUUAAAAAUUACACUUUGCAGCUGAUGAUACACGACAAAAUGUAUUAAAGAAAUCCACCAAUUGUAAAAUCUAAUCAUGAAAUGAAUUAGUAAUAGAUGUAGUAUUAGAGACCUACACUGUAGUUUCAUAGGAAAGUUCAAGGAAAGAAAAGUUGUUAGAUUUUUGAUUCUGUAAGAUAAAUUAAUGGUAAUUUUUUUAUUUUAAAGACCGACUGUGAUUUAUACAGCAUAAAGGAGCAUUGUUAUUUUUAUUAACAUUUCAAUCAAACCUAUAUUUAUUUAUUUCCAUUUUCAGUUCUUACUUUUAAAUUAAGUUUUCAGGUCCCAUUUAAUGGGCCACCUAUGAUCUGAUGUUAAAUUGUUAUCCUUUGUCAAACUGAUUGAUCGCUUGAUUCCUAAAUUAAAUACUAUAGUAAUUUAUAGUAAAUACUAUAUGUUCACUAUGUGUUUUUGAACCAUACUAUAGUAAAUUGUAGUAUAGUGUAUAUAUUAUCUACAACACUUUGUUAAUGAAUGCUACAGCAUACUGUAGUAUUAACUAUAGUGAACUGAUAAACUGUAAUAAAUACUGUAGUAUACUUUAGUUUUUACUACAGUAAACUGUUGUGUAUUGGAAUAUAAUAUACCCCAUAGUUGUAGAAAACAGUACAGUCUUGGGUAAAGUAAUUUGUUUAUAUUACCACAGCAACUAUAGAAUUACCACAACAAAUUAAUUCAUGUACUUUAGUGUUUUUGAACUAUACUAUAGUAUAGUAUUUACCAUAAAUUACUAUAGUAUUUUUUCAUGUGGGCAGUGAUUAUAAAUAAACUCUCAAACCUCACUGGACCAGCACGGAAAGCAAAGUAGGUCCACCUCUGAAUACAGCCAGUGAGUGUUUGACAUCGCUGUCGCUAUUUAAUUAAAACGCUAUAAACAUCAAGCUUUGAUUAUAUGUUGCCUCAUAAAACAAUAACACAAACUCUAGCUUCAUUAUUAUAGUAAUAGCGCGUUGAGUGCACUUCAAGAAUUCUACCAUUAGGGGGCAGUAAAGCCACAGUCUUGCGCAUGUCUAUGGUCAGCACAUGGCACUCUGUAGGCCUAGACUUGCCAUGGAGCAAACACAACACAGCAUCCUCCUAACGCGUUAAAGAGCAGUUCAGACACGGACAGUAGUCCUUAGUUAAUAUCCUAACCUUUGUGGGGUAGAGUGUUUAUGUGGCCUGUACAUUCCAAAUCUCAUGCCUUAAUUCACUGUGUAUCCUUUUGGUUGUUGAGGUGAAGUGGGUAGGCUAUUAAUUUAGAUGUUCACUGUGUGAGGUGGCAGAAUAUUUAUGCUGUACUUGGGCCCCUUAAUUUGGUGUCAGACAAGAGGCUCACUGUCUACACAAGCACAAUUAAUGCUUAAAUAUUUCAUGCUGACAGUGCCUGAAGAAUUAUGAGGCAAGACAUUAGGCUAACCUUUGUCUUUGAUUAAAAUGAAGAACAUUAAUAGAUAAUCACUACUCUGUAUUUCACCAUUCAUUAUGAUUAGCUGACUAAACUAGCAUGUUGCACUAAAGGUAAUUGCAUGCAAAGUAAAAACCCCUUUCUGGGGAAGAACACUAAUGUGCUGAGCUGAAUGUACUCAAAUGGUACAUAAAAUAUAACAGUCUAGACUAUAGCUUAAUGUAUCUGUCAAUCUUGAACAAAAAUAUGAAAAUCUAUCCCCACAGGCCGAGACCCCCAGUUACACUGUAUGCAAUGCUUUCAUGUUCACGUUAACACAGCACAUGCUUAUACAGUAAAUAUUCAUUUGAACAAAAAUGCUGACUUUUAUUCAUGUAAAAUCUGAAGUCUUCUUUUUAAUAAAAAUUCAAUCAGUAUGAUCUGACAACUGGAUACAGCUGUUAAAAUUGCGUAUGCUUUCUAUUUAAAUAAUUGGCAUGACGCUUCUGAAUAUUCACACAAUAUCCAGUUACGUAUCAUCAAAAAUAUACAAGCUAUUUUCCCUGAGCUUCACAAUGCAAUUUCACUUCAUAUAUUCAAUUAAGCCGAAAUAUCAGUGGCCAGAUGAUACACACUAGCCAUUUCUGCACAAGACUCAAAAACAAUCUAUUGAUCAAGUAUGUAAUCACAACUAAUUACAAUAUGUGGAUUUUCUGUGGCUGUCAGAACAGAUAUUUCAAAUUACCAUAGAGCCGCUUGCAUUUUCAUUCAUUUUAUUACAGUUAAUGGUUACAACUGAGAUUAUUUGUGAAAAUGUCUGCCAUUAUCAAAGGGAAUCAGAAAAAAAUAUAUUUGGUCAUUAUUUACAAAGAACACGAAACUUCUGAACUAUCCACACAAAAGGGAGAAGGGGUUUAGGACUCAUUUGACAAGGGCAGACAUUCGGCUCUGAACAUUAAAAAAUAAAAUAAAAAUCACAUUGAGAGGUUGAACUGUGCAUGUCCAAGCAGACAUCAUGAUGUAUUCUUCAUGCCUAAACAGCACGUCACAUGGUGAUGGUGGUGGUGAUGAUGAUGAAAACACCAAAAAAAAAAAAAAAAAAUACA